CCUUUGGAUUAUUAAACAUUGUAAGACUCCAACCAUCUGCCUCCUGUGUCUGCAUCUGGGUCUCACCUUGUGCCUUGAUACGUUGAUUCGACCAGUCUUUGGCCAGUGGGAUGAUUCCAGAAUAUACCAUUGUUACUCAACCAUUCUUUUUCAAUAACUUAAGCAUUGUCUAUUUAAUUGUAAAUAAUAUAAGGAGGAUCACCUGAGUUAUUUCACAUAUUGUAUGUCAUAAAUUAAGAUUUACUAGAGUAACAGGUAUUUUGACCACAUUGAAAUCUAUGCCUUAUUUAUGAUAAAGUACAUGUUUUCAUAUUCAGUCUAUACAGUAGAGAACAAAUAGUCUAUAAACAGUAUAUAUGGCUAUGUUGUCAACAUUUUACUGGUAUUGCCAAAGGGACGGGACACAACUGUGAAGUGACAGCCAUCCCUAAUGUGGAAUGUGUUGCUAUUUAAGGACCUACAGUACUUAGUUGGUCUGGUUUGACUUUUAGUUACUGUAAUUUUAGGUCAGAUCCAGAGUUGGAUUAGAAAAGUGGUGCGGUGGAAACAACAGACAGUCAGUGUCUGCGUCCCAAAUGGAACCAGCACCAUUUCAACAUCAUCCAAUCAACGAUUCUUAGUCUAAUACAGUGACAACUGCCUCUGAUUUCAAAUUAGGUGCAGGCUGCUCAGACUCACUCUACAAGCACAGAAUCAGUCAACCCAGUCAUCAGAACAGUUCAUUAACAAGUCACAGCCACAGUCAAACAGUGAAUACCAGUCAACCAGUGAAUACCAGACUAGCCAGAGGCUAAAUCUGAUCCGACCUUCGGGAAGAGAAAGUAGAGGUCCUUAAGCUCUAUUGUACAGGUGUACCUCGAGUCCCACAAACAGAGAAGGAAAACACCAGCAGUGUCAAGAUGCUGACAGACGAGGUGUCUCAGAUACAGGAGGUUCGGUACUGUCUGAAGACCUUGAGGGAACAGAUGGCCACCAGACAGAAUAACAAGUUUCCAGCCAAUGGUUACAAAGUCAGUGUCACCCUGCCUACCAACCCAGCAAUUGUCACCAAUUGUAAAAUUGUUGGGACUGAGUCAGAAACAAAUGUCAGGGAGAAUUCAGAGGACAGUGCAAAGAUAAGGGAGGUGAGCAAGCGCCUGUAUGCCCAGCUGAAGGAGUCAGAGAAGAGACACAAGGAGGAGAGAGACAGAAUGCAGGCUGAAAGCGAUGAGUUCAGCCGGCGCCUCGACGAGCAGUCAAAGCACCUGCAGUGGGUGGAGGGGGAGGCGGGGGAGCGAGGUCAGAAGGUGGAGGAGUUGCAGAGGCUGCUGGGGGGCAUGGAGCUGGAGGGUGCUGUCCUGAGGGGCAAAAUAGCCGCCAGUGAGGCUGAACUGCUGCAGCUGAGAGCAGCCAAGGAGGGGGUGCAGGAGAAAAAGCAGAGAACUGAGGAGCUGGAGAAGGAGCUGGCUGUCCUGAAGGAGAAAAUCCAUCACCUGGACGACAUGCUGAAGAGCCAGCAGAGGAAGGUCCGCCACAUGAUCGAACAGCUGCAGAACUCACGGACAGUAAUACAGGAGAGAGAGAGAGUGAUCAGGGAUCUAGAGGAGAAGGUGGCUUUUCUGGAAGCUGAGAACACAGAGAUGCGUGACCAGAUAGAGUACUUCCUGGAGGGUCAGAAGCCUGCUUCUCCGCCCACCAAAGAAUGCAAACCCACUCCCCAGAUUAUCUACAGUUACAAUCUUGUCCCAUCGCUGCAACUCCCGCACGGACUCGAGAGAGGCAAAGGUCGGGAGACAUGCGUCCUCCAAAACACGGCCCUGCCAAGCCACUCUGCUUCUUGACCCACUGCUCGCUUAACCCGCGACCCAGCCGCACCAAUGUGUCAGAGAAAACACCGUACAACUGUCGACCGAAGUCGGCUUGCAUGCGCCCAGUCGCUAGAGCACAAUGGGACAAGGCCAUCCCGGCCGGCCAAACCCUCCCCUAACCCGGACGAUGCUGGGCCAAUUGUGCGCCGCCUCAUGGGUCUCCCGGUCGUGGCUGGCUGCGACACAGCCUGGGAUGGAACCCGGGUCUGUAGUGAUACCUCUAGCACUGAAUGCAGUGCCUUAGACCGCUGCGUCACUCGGGAGGCCCCCAUUGAUGGUAUAAUUUCAAAGGAGGUAGUUUAACGGACUAUUACACCCUGCAUGCAUAUAACUUGCAUAUAACUUCUGAUGAUUAUAGUGUGUCCCCCAAAUGGCACCCUAUUCCCCCUUUUGGACCCUGGUCAAAAGUAGUGAACUACAUAGGGAUUAUGGUUGCAUUUGGGACGCAACCAUUGUGUGGUAUUUUCCUAUACCGUUAGUACCACUUUUGCUGUCUGGUUUAAGAGCUCUUAUUUUGUGAAACAAAAUAUUUUUUUCUGUUACAGUUAUGGGCCCUUUUACAAACCAAACAUAUUUAAUGUGAAAACCGUCCCUCUGUCUAUUGUAGAUAUAAGUUGUGUAGUAGCUUUGUGCAUGAGGUCUUUGUACUUUUAUCUGUGUCUUUGUUUGUCAAAAUAAAGCUUAUUUAAAGUA